CUUAUAAUUGGGAAUUAUGGACUGAGCUUAGAUCAGAGUAAGACUCAGAUGGCUGUCUGGGCCAUAUUAGCUGCUCCUCUUAUAAUGUCCAAUGACUUGCGUGCUGUACGUCCAGAAUUUAAAGAGAUUUUGUUGAACCGGGAAAUUAUAGCCAUAAACCAAGAUGUUUUGGGCAUUCCUGGAAAAAGAGUACAGCAGCAUAGAAAUAUUUCAGUGUGGGUGAGACCUGUGACUCCAGUAGGUUAUACUCACUCCUAUGCAGUUGCUUUUACCAGCAACAGAGAUGAUGGCGCACCUUACACAUAUAGUGUGAAUUUGAAUGACAUAGGACUGACAAAUCCUGCUGGCUACACAUUUAAGGAUUUAUAUGGUGACAAGGAAUUCGUUUUGAGAGCAAAUGCAACCCUUACAGUGAGAGUAAAUCCAUCAGGUGUAGUCUUCUACAAAGCCACAGUUCUUCCAUGAAGAAUGACUCCUUAAUAUUAUUUCUGUUAUCAAUCUUUUAUACUUCUUUUAAUUGUUUUACUCUAUGUUAUUUCUAUGAGUUAUUUCUACAUAAUUAUUUCUCUGUAGUAAAAAAAUUAUUCA